GUUUGGCGCCAUCGCCGACGGCUUCUAUCGCGGCGUCUCGAUCCAUUGUUUAUUUCCUUGUCUUGACAGCCUUCUGUGUCUCUCAGGAGUUGAUGUCAAUCUAUCUCGCCGGUACAAACAACCUCACGCACGGCUUGGCGCUGAUGACGAUCAUCGGUCUGAUCCGAGACCUCGGCUCCUUCAGCAUGGGAUACGGGAUUGUGCCCUUCGUGGAAAGAUGUGGUUUCCUGACUAGCUUCGGUUUUUAUGCGGGCCUGCAUGGGUUCGUCGGGCUCGGGGCUGUUCUACUAUACGUUUUUUCGGACAAGCUACGCGCGUCCCGGUGGUCAGGGUCUGACGUCUAGACAUCGGAGGGAAGUGGAAGGGCCUAGUAGGGAGAGACGGGUACUUGGAAGGCCCCUAGGCGUUUCCCCUCUCCACCACUUGGCGGGAUACCGGACAGUCUGCUGGAUCAAGUGCGUGUG